AUGCAGUUCAAUCCAACCUCUAAUGUAACCCUUUUCCUGUCAGUUCGUAAAGGUUUAGAGAAUUGUAUUUUAAAUGAAAUAAAGCACAAUAAAUUCUUGAAUAAUUUCUAUAAAAUUCAUAAAAAUAAAUUUCAAAACUCUCAGGAUUCCUAUACACAUCCUAUCACAAAACCAAAUAACGACAAUUGUAGUAUAACUGAAAAGAUCGACAGCUAUAACAGAGCAACUGGAUUAGAUAAUACAACAAGCUCAGUUCAACUUAGUGAAGAAUUUGAAGAUACAAAUAAUAAGUGGCUGAGAAUUUACAAUAACAAUAAGCCGACAGACAUUACUGAGGAAAAAACAACUAAAUUAAACAACACAGUUAGUGUUAAAAGUAAUAACCCGAGGGAUCAUCUUGAUAUAAACCUACAAAAAGGAGGCCUAGAAAUUAAGUGUAACUUUGACUGGCUUAUCAAGAGUUCACUACUGUUAAAAUCUGCAGAAAGUAUAUGGCUAAGAAUAGGAAACCCAUUUAGAUGCCAUACAGAAGAUCAACUCACUAGCUUCAUAUCAAAAUUUCCCUGGUUUCAUUACUUUCCAUCCUCAGAUUCAGUUGACAAAGUCCCAUUGCGCAUAAUAUCUCGUAACUCAAAGCUUUGGUCGAGCCAUAUAGUACGAGAUUGCGUCACUAAAGGAAUUAAACUAAGUUUAAACUCGGAAUUAAAAUUAGGAAAUAAUCAAAAAACAGAAAACUCUGAUAAUUUAAAUAAAACAGGUUAUAGCGAGGACAGUUGUAUAUCAGUAACAAUAAACAGGAAUACUUGCUACACAGCAAUUCAAUUUUCAGGAAGACUAUCACCAAGAUUUUACAACUAUUUAGAUAAUUUUAAUAAUAAUAACAAUACAGAAGAUACAGUUACAAAUAGGAUUGAGGAUAUUGUUCGUGAUACAAGUAAAGACUAUUAUAACCACAUACCGCUGUGGUCACUUUCCGGAGUUAGGAAAACAAUAUCAAAAUCAUUUAACACAUAUUAUUCAACAAACUUAACAGAAAAUAGCUUGGACUCAUACGACUCAAAAAGAACAAAUUACAUCAAGUUCCAAAACUUGCUAACAAACGAUUUUGUGGAUACAUCAGACUCUCUAGUGGCUGCGUUUCUACAUAACAAGCAUUUGCUUAAAAUUAUAGAUUCAGAUCCUACAACUCAAACGAUUUGGGACCCGUUCUGCGGAACCGGAUUGGUAAUUUGCGAGCUUAUAUCACUCAUAUUAUCACUACCAAAUUACACACUUGAAAAUACAAAUACAAUAACUUCAUUGGCAAAAACGUUUUUCACCCAAAACGAAACACAAAUAAAGUCAUUAUUUGACAAGUAUAUUAAUAAUUUGGGUCAGAAAACAAAGACUUUCAAUAUCGUGGGAUCUGACACAAGUUUAGUGAAAUUAACAGAAGCCAAUUCUAAAAUUUCUAAAUUCAUUUCAUACUAUAAAGAUAUACUUGAUUCAAGUUUGUUUCAAAAGUCUGACUCAUCGUAG